AGCUCACGCGGACCUUAUCUGGGAGUGCUGAGUCGAUUUCCCUCUCUGGUGUUUCGCCGGUUUUCAGCUUUUUUCACCUGAAUAAGAGACGAAACAUUACACUUCUGUUGGAACAGCCUAUGUUGAUUUAAAGGUUAUACAUAUAUAUUUGCCUUUGGGUGAAUACGUAACAUAGACCAAGGACUGCGAAACUCAAAUCUCAGUAGUCAAAAAAAAACAAGACCCACGAUGGACCCGAGAGACACUGCCCCUGAUUCCUGGGAACAAGAGGACGACGUGGAGGCCACAGUCGACGGACAACUUGAAUCAACAUUUACAGCACUGAAUGUUAAUGCUAAACCGUUCGUGCCCAAUAUAAAUGCUGCCGAAUUUGUCCCGGUAUUUGUCACGAAAGGACAUCAGGAGAAUAACGAUUCGGCGGUUGCUGUAGACAAGAAUUCCAGCAUGGAGGUGACAGAUAAUGCGGCUCCAGUGGAGAAUGGUGACACACAGACGAGCACAGAAGAGCUGUGGGACCAAAGAGAGUCUGAGCCAAAUCAGGAGGAGCCAGGAGGCGGGGACCGGGGGCCCGAGUUGCCAGAAAUUACAGAGAAAACAGCUCCGGAUAUGAUUGAGGAGGAAGAGGAAGUGCAAAUUCCCAAGGUUCAACCAACACAGCCAGAUGCCCCCAGGAAGGAACACAUUAAUGUUGUGUUCAUCGGGCACGUAGAUGCAGGAAAAUCCACUAUUGGCGGACAAAUUAUGUAUCUAACCGGCAUGGUAGAUAAGAGAACACUGGAGAAAUAUGAAAGAGAAGCCAAGGAAAAGAACCGGGAAACCUGGUAUCUGUCUUGGGCGUUAGACACCAACCAAGAGGAGAGGGACAAAGGAAAGACAGUGGAGGUGGGCCGAGCAUACUUCGAAACUGAAAAAAAGCACUUUACCAUCCUUGAUGCUCCAGGUCACAAAAGCUUUGUACCCAACAUGAUCGGAGGCGCAUCACAAGCAGACCUGGCUGUUCUGGUGAUCUCGGCAAGGAAAGGCGAGUUUGAAACUGGCUUUGAGAAGGGUGGACAGACACGGGAGCAUGCCAUGUUGGCCAAGACUGCUGGUGUCAAGCACCUGAUAGUUCUGGUGAAUAAAAUGGAUGAUCCUACUGUCAGCUGGAGCCUGGAGAGGUAUGAAGAAUGUAAGGAGAAACUAGUGCCAUUUUUGAAGAAGGUGGGCUUCAACCCGAAGAAAGACAUUCACUUUAUGCCGUGCUCUGGUCUGACUGGAGCAAACCUGAAAGAACCCACUGACAUGUGCUCCUGGUACACAGGUUUACCUUUCAUUCCACAUUUGGACAGUUUGCCACAUUUCAACAGACCAUUUGAUGGACCUGUCAGAUUGCCCAUUGUAGACAAAUAUAAGGACAUGGGCACUGUCAUUUUGGGAAAAUUGGAAUCAGGCUCCAUCAGUAAGGCACAGCAGCUGGUCAUGAUGCCAAACAGACAUGUGGUGGAGGUGUUGAGUUUCUUAUCAGAUGAUGUCGAGACUGAUGAUGCAGGUCCAGGUGAAAACCUCAAGCUGCGGCUUAAGGGCAUCGAAGAGGAGGAGAUACUGCCUGGCUUUAUCCUGUGUAAUGCUGAAAACCUCUGCCACUCAGGGCGCACCUUUGAUGCCCAGAUAGUCAUCAUUGAACACAAAUCCAUCAUCUGUCCAGGUUACAAUGCAGUUCUUCAUAUUCACACCUGCAUUGAAGAAGUGCAAAUUACGGCCUUAAUUUGUCUGGUAGACAAGAAGUCGGGGGAGAAAAGUAAGACACGACCAAGGUUUGUCAAACAGGACCAGGUCUGCAUUGCCCGCUUGCGCACGGCAGGAACCAUUUGCCUUGAGACCUUCAAAGACUUUCCUCAAAUGGGACGGUUUACCUUACGGGAUGAAGGUAAGACGAUUGCCAUUGGUAAAGUGCUGAAGCUGGUUGCUGACCGGGACUGAUGAGGACUAAGCUGUCUGCGAGUCAUAUUUGGGAAGAAACAGGUGGUGCUCUGUAAUAACCUGAUGACUGUUGUCAGCAGGGAUGGCCCAUUCUUGUAACACCACUCUUCUGCUUGCCGAAGAUCAGUUUCAGGAAAAAAACUCAUGAAAAAUAACCUGUUUUCAAGAAAAUGACAAAACAAGUUGAAGUCCACACAAGUCAGCCUUCUCAUAUUGAGAGCUCUGCUAUGCCACUUCCGGGUUUAGCCAUCUCCCCAAUUCCCAACUCUGGUCUACUCCUCAUGACUUGAUUAUUUUCUUCUAGAUUUUUAAAAAAAUGUCUUUAAUAAAUUACAGUGACAAAUUGCAGGAGUUGUAUUUGUAAGUGGAUUUAGAGUGGGGUCUGUCUGGAAGAUUGAAAAUCAUUUUCUGGAGUAAACUGCAAAAUAAAUUGUUUGAGAGAACUAGUUUGAACCAAAAUGUUA